AUGUCUUACCAGCAGCAGCAGUGCAAGCAGCCCUGCCAGCCCCCUCCUGUGGUGUGCCCACCUAAAUGCCCUGAACCAUGCCCCCCUCCAAAGUGCCCUGAACCAUGUCCACCUCCAAAGUGCCCAGAUCCAUGUCUACCACCUAAGUUCCCCGAGCCAUGCCCACCCCAACCCUGCCAGCAGAAGUGCCCACCCAAGACUAAAGGAUUUUUCCUGACCUAUUAUACUGCUACUAUCCAGGAGGCGACUGAGAAAGGGCAGUCCUUAGCUGCCAGGACCCUAGAGCAUCAAAGGAACAACAGCACACUCUUCGAGUCUCAUCAAAUGAUUCUCUUGAUGUCAUCUGUGUCUGUGACCUUGGCAGAGAUUUCUACCACUUGA